GUUGCUUGACGCAACGACACAGGCUAGUCUUGUGUUUUAUGACUCCAGUAAAGAAAUGUUCUAUUUUUUAAAUAAAAAUUAAUAUUAUUUAUAAUUAUUUAUAACAGUUCUCGUUUUAGGUACUGUUUUACGAUGGCCGAUGAACACUUUAUUUAGCGACGGCCACGCUAAAAAAUGACACCGAAAUUAUGAUUAGCAAUAUUACCAUUGAUGACCGAGUCGAAUCUCAAAAUGCACCAAAGAAACUGAGUGCUUUGCGCUUUACCAUAUGGCGUUUGUUAGCUUUACUUUGUACCUUGAGUGUAAUACUAUUUGCACUUAUUAUUUUCAAAACAUACAUAAAAAGUAUACUUCUUUGGCUGGAAAAGCAAGACUCUCUAGUCAUAGCAGUGACAAUAUGCUUCCUAUAUAUUUUAGUCUCUCUUCCAAUCAGUAUAGGAUAUAUCAUUCUAGUUGUUGCAACAGGGUAUUUAUUUGGGAUAGCUAAAGGUUUACCACUAGCUAUGUUUGGUGCAAACUUUGGCCUGUUUGUAGCUCAUAAUGUUCUCAAAAUGGUAGGCCAUCAUCACAGCAUUUAUAGAUAUACUCAGAAUGAAAUGGCACAGGCAAUAAUGAGGGUAAUAACUGGUCCAUUGUGCUUCAAAAUUGUACUUUGUUCAAGACUGACUCCUAUUCCACUGGGGCUCCAGAAUACUAUAUUUGCAAUGAGUAAUGUAAGUGGUAAAAUUUACCACAUAGCUUCCUUAUUCGGAUUUUUUCCUGCACAGUUGAUUGGGGUUUAUGUUGGUUCUACUCUACGUUCUAUGCAAGAUGUCAUAGAAAACAAACAUAUAUCUUCUGCUACAUAUAUAUUUGCAGCUAUCCAGUUGAUAAUGGGUGCAUCAGUGAUGUUAUAUUUGGGUACCAAAGCAAGAAAGGAACUGUUGAGGGUACUGGCAGAGGCAGAUGAUUCUGUAAAGUCUCCUGGAUAUUUGAUAGCAUGAUAUUUUUUAUUAAAAAUUGUGUGACAAUGGCAACCAGAAGUCUGUUGUACAUUUAGUCUCAGGAGCCUAUCAUAGAACUACUUAGUGAUUCCAAACUUGUUACUAUUCACCUUAUACCAUGUUUCCAUCAGCAUGUGUAUUGGUAGUCAAACAAUGGAAUGGUAUAAUUGUAUAAAAAUAAUCUGCUUGGAUAGAUUAUUUCACUUGUUUAUUUAUAACUAUUCUGCAAUGUUACAUUUUUUAUUUCUACUUCAACUUUUUCAAGAGAAUAUUGAAGUUUUGAAAUGCUAGUUUUAAUAUCUGUAUUGUAUGGCAGACUCUUGGUUUGUUUGGUGUUUUAGCAUUUAACAUUCUUGACCAAAUAUAGAUCUAAUGUUCUAGUAAAUUAUAACAAAGUUGAUAUUUUUGUAAAGACAUCUAUGUAUGUACUGUGAUAGAAAUGUAU